AUGGAGAAGAGUACAAACAAUGCGAUUCCACCUAGUGGCUCGUCGUCCGACUACCUAGAGCAGCCAUUAGAUCGCAAAUCGGGUGAAAAGGGUUCCGGCAUUGCGGCCGUCUUCUCGAGGCUUGGCAACUUGCCUGAAUGGAAAGUGAAAGGAGAACAUCUGGCCGGUAGCACCCUCAAUUGGGCUAUUGGCUUCAUCGCAUCAUGUGGUUUCCUCAUGUUUGGUUAUGAUCAAGGCGUCCUAAGCGCCCUGUUGACACUUGAUGACUUUCAGAAGAACAUUGCGCUCAUGACGCCUCGAGAUCAAUCAAACGACCUCUGCUGGCUCAAUAACCCAACCAAUACCAUCCCGAACCCUGAUAUGUGUAAGGGUGAUCCCAAUACCCAGGCUGCCGCGGUCGCAAUUUACCAGAUCGGAUGCUUUCUGGGCGCAGUGCUCAUAUUGGUGUACGGUGAAGUUUGGGGGAGAAAGUCGUCCACUUUCUGGGGCAGUUUGAUCAUGAUUAUUGGUACUAUUAUGCAAGCAGCCGCUUUUGAAUACGGACUCUUCGUUGGUGGCCGAAUAGUAGGCGGAAUUGGCAACGGAAUGGUCACCUCAACUAUCCCUACCUGGCAAUCUGAGUGUGCUCGUCCACACUUAAGAGGAUUUCUUAUUCUUAUAUCGGGAGCGCUUAUUUCUGGGGGAAUCAUGAUUGCGUACUGGGUAGAUUAUGGAUUUUACUUCCUCGAAGGCUCAGUUCGUUGGCGCUUCCCAAUUGCCUUUCAGUCAUUCUUCACCAUUAUUGUUAUGUGGGGGUUACUCUAUCUUCCGGAAUCACCUCGCUGGCUGGCCAUGAAAGGUCGACUGGGAGAAGCCGGAUACGUCACCGCAAGGCUACUGGGCAAGCCAAUCGACCAUGAAGAAGUUACUACAGAGGUCCAGGCAAUCACAGAAGCUCUGGAAGCGCAAAGUACUAAGGGAAAGUUUCGAUAUCGCGAGCUCUUGACCAAUGGGCCGUCCCAGAAUCUUCGCCGCACUAUUCUGGGAAUAGCUGCUCAAUUCUUCCAGCAAAUUUGUGGCAUCAACCUUAUUACUUACUACGCAACUUUCUUGUUUGAAAAUUCACUAGGUUUUGAUCCAGCCAUGUCUCGUCUUCUUGCUGCUGCAAAUGGAACAGAAUACUUCUUGGCUUCACUCGUUGCUUUACCACUAAUAGAGAGAACUGGGCGCAGAAAGCUGAUGCUCAUAGGAGCUUUUGGAAUGAUGGCAUCUAUGGCUAUUUUAGCCGGAACUGUAUCCACCGGCGGCGUGAAGGAGAACGGUGCUCCCGUGCUUGAGACCAGGUAUGGUGUAACGGCAACGGUCUUUCUCUUCGUCUUCAAUACCUUCUUCGCCAUUGGCUGGCUUGGAAUGACAUGGCUAUAUCCCGCCGAGAUCACCAAUCUUCGCAUUCGAAUCCAAGCUAAUGCCCUCUCGACCUGUUCCAACUGGCUUUCAAACUUCCUCAUUGUCAUGAUCACGCCUCCUGCGUUUUCUAAUCUUGGAUACAAAACAUAUGUCAUGUUUGCUGUUUUCAAUGCGGCCAUCUUGCCUUGUGUUUAUUUGUUCUUUCCGGAACCAAAAGGUCGCAGCUUGGAGGAACUGGAUAUCAUAUUUGCCAGCGCCAACCAGGACAAAGUAAGUCCGGUCAAGAGAGCAAAAGAAAUGCGACAUAUCGAGGGCCACGAACUCGAGAGCGAGCUGGAAAGAUAUUUUGGGUCAAAUGCUUCUCUUCGCCGCAGUAUUACUUAG